AAGUCAGGACAGGAGGCUUCUGCUGUCUUCUGCAACGCAACGAGGAGGAUGGUCUUUGUCCUACAUGUGAUUGUCAUGUCUUCAGCGUUUUUCAAUCCCAGUUUUGGCUUCAGCUCCCACUUUGAUACAGAUGGGGCUCCGUUGAGCGAGCUGUCUUGGCCUUCAUCCCUUGCAGUGGUAGCUGUCUCCUUCUCUGGCCUCUUCACCUUCGUCUUCCUCAUGCUGGCCUGCCUCUGCUGCAAGAAGGGCGACAUCGGCUUCAAGGAGUUUGAAAACAGUGAGGGAGAGGAGUACCAGGCAGAUCUCUCCCUGGCCUCGCCUUCCUCCCAGAAUGGCCCCGAGGUCUACAUCCUGCCCCUCACUGAGGUCUCCCUGCCUGUCUCCAAACAGCCUGGCAGAUCCAUCCAGCUGCUGAAAUCAUCAGACCUCGGCCGCCAUAGUCUACUCUAUCUAAAGGAGAUUGGACAUGGCUGGUUUGGCAAGGUUCUGCUGGGCGAGGUCAAUGCGGGCCUCAGCACCACCCAGGUGGUGGUAAAGGAGCUGAAGGCCAGUGCCAGUGUCCAGGAUCAGAUGCAGUUCCUGGAGGAGGUGCAGCCAUACCGAACCCUCCAGCACCCUGCCCUCCUGCAGUGCCUGGCACAGUGCUCAGAGGUCACUCCUUAUCUGCUGGUCAUGGAGUUUUGCCCUCUGGGUGAUCUGAAGAGCUACCUGCGCAGUUGUCGGGUAGCUGACUCCGAGACUCCUGACCCUUUGAUCCUCCAGCGAAUGGCGUGCGACAUUGCCUCAGGGCUUCUGCAACUCCACAAAUACAACUUCAUACACAGUGACCUGGCCUUGAGAAACUGCCUGCUAACUUCAGAAAUGUCAGUCAAGAUCGGAGACUAUGGCCUUUCUCACAGCCGAUACAAGGAUGACUAUUAUGUAACACAAGACCAGAUCUGGGUGCCCCUGCGCUGGAUUGCACCUGAGCUCAUAGACGAGGUCCACGGAAACCUGCUGGUCGUUGACCAAACAAAAUCCAGCAACAUAUGGUCAUUGGGGGUCACAAUGUGGGAGCUGUUUGAGCUGGGAAACCAGCCGUACAGACACUACUCUGACAGACAGGUGCUGACAUAUGCUGUGAAGGAACAGCAGCUCAAACUACCCAAACCCCUGCUCCAAUUCCCCCUGGCUGAGCGCUGGUAUGAGGUGAUGCAGUUCUGCUGGCUGCAGCAAGAGCUGAGACCCAGCAGUGAGGAAGUCCACCUUCUGGUCACAUACCUGUGUGCCAAAGGCUCCAGUGAUGCUGAGGAAGAUUUUGAACAACGUUGGAACACUUUGAGACCCAACCUGCUCGGCAGCACCUCUCACACAGCUACAUCCACAGCCCUAGUCCUGACCCCUACACCCGCCUCGACUGACCUCCCCAGUCCAGACCAAACUCCGGCGGUGGAGCUGGCCUCCUCUGCCUCGUCCUCCUUCCCCCUCCUGGAGCACUUCUCCGACAGCUUCCACUCUGACACAGGCGACGACCUGCUGACCGUCACGGAGACCAGCCAUGGUCUCAACUUUGAGUACAAGUGGGAGCAGGCCCGAGCUGAGCAGCCCUACUGCUCCUCUUCCACCAGCGGGGCACUGGGCCAGGGGAACCCAUAUUACCAGGACAUCUACUAUUCAAGUAAAGAAAGCACCUCAGGGGGCUGCAAGACUGACAGCCAGACCUCAGGCAUAUCUCCAUCCUAUUAUGAACCUGAACACCCGGGUGUGGUCCCAGUGUUGAGUGCACACAGCCCGUCGGUCAGCAGCGAGUACUACAUUCGCAUAGAGGAACCAGUAGAGUGUAACAUUGACCUGGAUGACAGCAAUGUGGACUACAGCCCAGAACUGGUGCCCAGCAGCAGCAGGUUGUCGUCCGAGAGUCAAACUGGUUCAUCCAUGGCACAGCCCAGUGCUUACUGGUCAACUGACAACAACAAAUCUACUGCCUAUGACUCUGAUUCAAGCCCCACUGUCCAACUCACCAUGGAGCCACUGCUGAGAAAGUCAUCCAGCACCAGCCCUGUAAAGCUAAGCCACUUGCACAACUGCUUCUCAUCCAGUCAGGACGACACAGUCUACUGCGAACAGUCAUCAGCGUACAAGGCACGACAGUCCGGUCUGACUGAACUGGAUACAUCGCCAGAGUCCAGAUCAAACCUUCUCCAUCCAGCGGGGCGUUUAGAAAACCCACGCAGUUUGUCACAAGCAGUCAGCAGCCCCAGCUUAGGGUUCUGCGAUCCCUACCUUGAAGCGAGUACAGGUCGGAGCACGGUUAAUGAAAGCUGCCAUACUAUUAUGGGUCCCCUCAGAAAGACACUACCCAUAGUGAACCACAUUAGCAUUGAUGUAGGAACUGACGACGGCCUGCUGGUGGGCCAGCAGAGAGGUAACGACAUUGAGGAUGACCUUUUCUCUGAGGGAGAGGCCACUAACUGGACCUCAAACCAUUCAGCAAACAAUAAUAGCCUGAGCUUUGAUGGCAGGCAGACAGGCAAUGGGCAUGACAUCUAUCUGGACCUUCCAUAUGCUGCUCACUCCAACACAACAGAAUUAUGGUCUUUAACCAAGGCCACCACCAGAACCUUCCACAGCUCCAGGUUUUGUGGCACCUCGGAGGCAGAAGGAGGAGACUCUGGUUGUAACGCUGCUAGCAAGCCCACUGACUUAGGUUCAUACAUUCACUUAUGGCACAAAGAAAGAGAGGAAGCUGCCACUCAAGCAGAAAGGAACUUAACUGCAGAUAAUCUAAGAAGUAUUGAUUCUCUUACCAGCUCAAGAGGUACAGAGGGAGGAAAAAUGGAGGGAAGAUAUGAGAAGCAAUUGUUGCAUAAUGGAGAGAGACUGUACUCUGAGCCUAAGAUGAUCCCCGAAGCAAGCUAUAUAAAGUCCCCAUCCACUUUAAAGGAGCCACAGACUGGUCAAACAGGAGCCUUUUCAGACAAGCAGAGAGGUAACAUAUGGGAGGGGGGUUCAACACGAAUCUCUGUUGGUCUAGGAGACAAGAGGCUAAACUAUCCAGAGACGUUAGAAAGUAGCAGAGCGUUGGACAGUGGAAUGGGGGUCAGAGACUCCAGCAUUAGCUUGGUUGAGCUUGGUGACUACAGUGAGGAUGAUGACGAUGACAUGACAGAUAUUACGUUGGGGAUCUUUGCCGACUUCAACCUGGACUUUGCUGAGAUAGAGGAGGAAGAGCUAAGCCCAUUGAAGCAUUCAGAGGGAACUUCUGACUCUGUCGACACACUUAACCUGUCCUCGUCGAUGGUAAGCUCCUGUGAUCAGGCCUUCAGCCCCGAUCCCUUCAAUACCCCUGUCCUACCCAAAUCCUUGGACAGUGGCUAUGACACGGAGAACAACGAAUCUCCAGAGUUUCUCUUCAAAGAGCUUGGAGAUCCCCGGGGUGGUGAUAGGAGCCCCAGGCUGGGAGGAGAACCUGAACUAGUUUUGCAGGUGGGUUUGGGCCAAGGGGUCUGCACUUCCAAAAGUACCUCCGAGCUACAGUUUAAGGGCCUGACUGAUAAGAACCCAUACAGGGAUUCAGCCUAUUUCUCCGACUACGAUGCUGAAAAUGAGAGGAGCCCUCGAGACGAAAGCAGUAAGUUCUUUGCAGGUUCAAGUCACCGUGACUUGAGCUCUGUAAGAGUUGACGAUCUCGUCAAAAGGCAAUUCAACCAGGGAUAUUUAACUAAUCUGAGGCACAUCCAACAUGCAAUGGUGAGCCUCUCAGAGGCUGAUGCUAGUUCACACCAUCCCCUGCCCACCCCUGGGUUGACAAUGCUGUCACCGUAUCCCCCACAGAUGGGCGGCUGCCUGACUAAAGAGUCUGCCCCUGCAGAUGAUGAUCUUGGGUUGGAGCACUCAGGAGAAGAACCUUCCUCCGAGCUUAGCUACUCCAUCGGAUCCGAAGCCUCUUCCACUGUCCAGGUGGCCUCGGGAAACCGCGAGGAGGGGAACAGAAGAGCAGAUGAUUAUUCCCCUGUCCAGUCUUUGCAUUCUGACUCCACCAUAACUGACUACAGAGAUGAGGCCCACAAAGAAAAGGAAAACAGCGAUGGAUCCACAGAGGAGGAGCUGCCCGAAUUCAAUCACAUCAAGGAAGAGACGGAGAACAGAAGGGAGGGUGUGAGAUUAAACGAUGAAGAUUUUGAGGACAUAGACGCGGGGGAAUGUGACUCACAGGACAGCUUAUGUGAAGAAUCCAACGGCCCCAUCAACCUGUCCUCUUCCUCGUCAUUGCUCGAGCUGUGCGGAGAAGACGUGAGAGCUCCGCUGGAGGAGGCGGAGGAUGAAGAUGACUCGGAUGACAGUGAAUCUGACGAAGAGUUGAGGACCUAUAACAUCCAAGAGGAAGACAGUGAGGAGAGUGAGGAUGAUUUCAGCACUGUGCCAGUGGUGGUCAGCGACUGCAGCAGGGCUCGACACCUCCGCAGCCUCCUGAAGAUGCCCACCCUGCUCACCCAGUCCUUCUGUGACGAGUUGGAGAGGAAGAAGAAAGCGGUGUCCUUUUUUGAUGAUGUCACGGUGUUCCUUUUUGACCAGGAAAGCCCCACGGGAGAGCUGGCUGACUACGCCUUCUCCACAGGAACAGAGUGCAGUGGACAGGAACCUUCAGAGGAAAGAAACACUGACCACCAGCUGCAAUCUGACCCUAAACUUGAAGCUCAAUCCUGUGAAUCGUUCUGUGUUCCCGACGAAUCAGCUGGGAACAACUCAGAAGAGGGUGGGGGAUAUGAAUGGGAAGAUGACCUCUCGUUCGAACCCCGCCCGUCCUCACCCGACACCAUCCCUGAGCCCAAGUCCCCACCAACAUCCACCUCCAACAGUCCUGAGGCUCCUAAACCUGCAGCUGUAGCACUUAACCGUUUUAUGGUCUCACGAUUCUCUAUCACACAUGUCUCCGACCCCCACAUGGGCUCAGUAACAGGGAACAGUGACAAUAGCCCAAACCAUUGAGUGCUCCACGGUCCUGACGGGAGGAGGAUGAGUCCUGGUCCUUCUCAACACGGAAAAGCAGUAUUAUUAUAUCUCAACGUUUUACAGAGUUUUAUUUUUUAUCAACGUUUGGGGCAUCUGACCCCGGUGCCCCUUUAUGAGACAGUGCCUCGUAUUGUAGUGAAAGACCCUUAAUGAUUUGAACCCUUUUAGUUUUAUUUUAUUUUGUCAAGAAAGAAAUGAGUGAGACAACCAAGACAGUUUUCAGAAAUAGAAAUCAUAUUAGUUCAACAUAAAGUAUACGACGGGAACUUCUUUGCUUGACGCAGCAUCGAUUUCUGUCGGUGACCUUACAGUAAAGGUAAUUUAAUUUAAAAGAAAAUAAAUAAAAGGAGAGACAAAAAUAAUUAAAUGACAGGCUUCAUAGCUGCUCCUCUCAUUGGCUGCCUUGGUCCCAUCCACUUACCAUUGAUCAGGCAUUUUUAAAGACUGUUACAGCUCCGAUUGUUGGAGCCACAGAACAAUCCUCCAUGAUUGUCGCAUAAGAAGCUAUUGUUCAUUUCCAAACACAAAAUCAGACCUUUUAACAGCCGUGGGUGGUGGUGGUGUUUUAAGAUGGAAGUGCUGAAACUUUUAAUUUGUCCCUUACUCCAAGUCCUAUCCUAAUCAUAUUGAUGGUGGAUUCAGUGUGCUAUGGCAAUGGGAACAUACUAAUACGAGGAAUACAAGGUGAUCCCUAAUUAUCACCACCACUCACUCUGGUUAAUGAUGACCUACAGUAUGUCUACAGUUACCAUAUCUGUCUGAAGCACUUUGUAUAGCCAUAUAUUUGUAGAAGUGAUGGCUCCGUUGCUCUUCAUCUCCCCCAACCUGGAAUGAAAUAUCUAAACAUGUGAGGUUCCGUAUUUGUGUCCAGUGCCAGCUAUAUGUUCACUUUAUUUUCUUGCAUAUUAGCUUCAUUUGUAUGACAUUCCAUCAGCAAUAGAGUGACACCAAAGGGAGCGGUGUGUCAACACAACUGAGCGGUGUCAUGUUAAUAUGCCAGUCCUAAAUGUUGAAUGUCAUCUUUAUGCAUCUUUUCUACGUCUACGUAUUGUCCAUAUUGUCCUACAUAAUGUAUUCUAUUGCAUUUGUGCGGAAUGCCUGGGUCUGGAGGUGUACAAAAAAAAAAAAAAACAUUCAAAAUAUGACAUAUCUCACAUAUUGUAUGAAUGUUUUAUCAACAUGUAGCAGGUAGCUUGACUUGAAUUACUACUGCUGUAUCGACGGCUCCCUCCCCCUCUCUAUCGUUCUGUAGCUCAAAGUGCCAAUUCAGUUUCCUCUCACCUUGCCUUUUAAGUUCCGCAAGAAGAGAAAACGUUGCUAGUAUUUUUGUACGAUUUGAAAAGAUGAAAUCCAGGAUUACAGUCUCUAAAAUUUGCCAAAGAGAUAUUACAAAGCCUAUUGGCUAAAGUGGCAGACACCUUUGGAGAAGGUGAGAUGGGUUGCUCUGUGCACCGGUAGUAACAUCAUUGCUGUUUCCACCCCCCCCCCCCCUCACCUCUCACUCAUUGCUAUUGUACUAUCCCAAACAAAUAAAUCCAAAUACUUUUUUCCCUU